CGGGAGGUGUGAGGGGAGCGCUGCGUCAGAUGGGUCAUAUGUGGGGUUGGGGCUGGCGGAUAAAUCCUUUCCACGCAUUGCGUUUUGUGGAAUGGCAAGGAUCUGUUCACCUUGCAGCCAUGGUGUACACGCUUAUGCGUCUAUACGUCCCCAUCGGGGAGUCCAUGUGGGGAUCCGUCGGGUUUCUCACCAUGGUCCGCCUGCUUUCGGCGUCAUUGGAGGCGGGGAAGAAGGUGGAUGUUCAGCUGCUGGCCUUGCCACAGGCGCUGUGGAGAGGGGAGCUGAAGUGGCAGAUUGUGAACGUUUGGUUGCUUUCGUGGGGAACGGCUGGGCUCGUUUUGGGGUGGGUACACACCAGCGUAUGGUUGGAGACUCGGUGGGUACACCCCCACCAUCCACCCAACCCUCUCCACCCAAACCUCCGCCCACUCACCGCACACUCACCCACCGUGGCCAAGAAAGACCGGCGGUCAAAGUCGUACGCGGGGCCAAGGUACUCGGAUGCCGGCUUGCCCACGGACUCCCAAGCCGCCAAUCGCGACGGGCGCGUCGCGAAAAGGGAGCUGAGCAAGCGCCAGGUCCUACGCGCUGCGGAGAGGGCGCGCAAGCUUGAGCGACGCCUCGCGGCAAUGACGGCCCAAAUGCAAACCUCAAAGCCGCCGCCGGUCCCUCAUUGUCGUAGUCGUCCUCCUCCGCCGCCGCCGGUCCCUCCGCCUCCUCGUCCUCGUCGUCCUCCUCCUCCGCCGCCUCCUCCGCCGCCGGACCCUCCUCCUCCUCAUCCAGAAGGGGGAUGGGCGCCAGCGAUCGCUCCUCCUCUUUCCACCCCCGCACACCCCCACACCACCAUCCCCACCACCACCGACACCACCACCCCUCCUCACCAGCAGCCCCGGCAACAGUACGCAGGUGCGGCUGCACCAGCCGCCGCCGUGCUCGAUGCCCGGGCGGCGUUUUUUGCGGGUGUUGGCUUUCCGGGGGUGGGGCUGCCUGUGUUUGGCCCGCCGACUGCCGCCGAAGCGAUGACCGGUGUCCCUGCGGGGCCGUGCCCUGGGGCUCCGAGCGUGCGCUUUUGAACGCGAGUACCACGGUGAAUUGUUGAGAACAUUACGCGCAUGCCCAACAUCGCUCUCCUAUACCGAUGUACAGUACUAGGGGCGGUACUAGGGGCGCGAGUGGCGUUGUGUUUGUGUUUUUGUAUUUUUAUUUACUAUAUUUAUUAUUUAUUUAUCUUAAUGAAAAUUGUUGCUC